AUGACCACUGUCACCUGUUCGCCAAGCCUCGCCGACAUCCGUGCUCUCCAAGCGGAUAAUCUCGACCGUCUCCGUGACUCUCUUCAACAGAUCAACAUCCGCGAUGUCGUUCCACUUCUUGUCGCCAGAAAUGUUCUCAGAUCUUAUGAAAUGGGCGCGUUGUAUGCAAAGGGCUCCGACGAGCAAGUCGAUGCACUCAUCGAUCUUCUAAAGACAAAGAAUCACUGGGUUGGACCACUCACCGAUGCACUCAUCAGAAAUGGAAAGGCACCGAUUGCCAAGAUUCUUCUCGAACUUCAGAAUGGAAAAUGA